AUGAAGGAUUCAAGUCAAUCUUCUGAUCCCAAUAAAAAUGGGGCUUCACAAAUAGAGGGUCGGAUGUGGACAAAAAUGGGGCUUAAUUUGAGUCGCUCGGAAGCCACAAAUCCAAGCCCAAUUAUUCCACCGCUGAAAAAUCCGAGAGUGCGGCUCUUGUUGCUUAAGCGUGUGAUGCUAGAAACUCUAAGACCGAUAACACACACCACUACUGCUCCUCUUCCUGCUAAAUUUCAUUCAAUUCCUUACUGUCGACUCCAAUCUAGGGUUUUCUACCACCGUUUAAUCCCUCAUAAUUCCCUCUCUUUUCCUUCAACUAACCCUAAAUCCUUCGAUUUUUAUUCAGGUCUUUUCUCCAAUUCCAAAAUCAGAGACCAUAAAAUCUUAGCUAAAUGUCAAGAUAGUGAUUCUACCGAGAAAACAAGCACAGAAACCGAACCACAAAACAAUCCUCCGUCAGCAUCGUCAUCUUCUAAUUCAGGGUCUAAGCAGAAGAGAGAGAAGCAAGGGAAAAGCGAAUGGUGGUUUUCGAAGAAGCAGAAUUGGAAAUGGCAACCUUUAAUUCAAGCGCAAGAAAUUGGUGUCUUGCUUUUGCAAUUAGGGAUUGUUAUGUUCGUUAUGAGGUUGCUCCGACCCGGAAUUCCUUUGCCCGGGUCGGAGCCAAGGCAACCGACUACUUUUGUCAGUGUUCCGUAUAGUGAAUUUUUGAGUAAAAUUAGUAGUAAUCAAGUGCAGAAAGUGGAGGUUGAUGGUGUGCAUAUAAUGUUUAAGUUAAAAAAUGAGGGAAUUAGCAGUCAAGAGAGUGUUAGUAGUGGUAGUAGCGGCAGUGAAGUGGUUAAUAUUAAGUUUCAAGAUUCUGAGUCUUUAUUAAGGAGUGUGGCGCCUACUACGAAAAGGAUUGUGUAUACUACAACGAGGCCUACUGAUAUCAAGACUCCUUAUGAGAAGAUGCUGGAGAAUCAGGUGGAGUUUGGUUCGCCUGAUAAGAGAUCCGGUGGAUUCUUGAAUUCGGCGUUGGAGUUGUUUCACUGUCUUCUGCACCGUUUCCCUGUUACCUUUUCUCAGCAUACAGCUGGUCAGAUUAGGAACCGCAAGUCUGGGUCUGGAGGUUCAAAAGUGUCUGACCAAGGUGAAACAAUAACUUUCGCUGAUGUUGCUGGUGUUGAUGAAGCUAAGGAAGAGCUAGAAGAAAUUGUGGAAUUUCUCAGGAAUCCAGAUAGGUACAUACGACUUGGUGCUCGUCCUCCUCGAGGUGUUCUCCUGGUGGGCCUUCCAGGGACAGGUAAGACUCUUCUAGCAAAGGCUGUUGCUGGAGAAGCUGAAGUUCCCUUUAUAAGUUGUUCUGCAAGUGAAUUUGUGGAGUUGUAUGUCGGCAUGGGUGCCUCCCGUGUGAGAGAUCUAUUUGCCCGGGCAAAGAAGGAGGCACCAUCAAUAAUAUUUAUUGAUGAGAUAGAUGCUGUGGCAAAAAGUCGUGAUGGAAAAUUCCGCAUUGUUAGCAAUGAUGAAAGGGAGCAGACUUUGAAUCAGUUGCUCACUGAGAUGGAUGGGUUUGAUAGCAACUCUGCUGUGAUUGUUCUUGGUGCGACAAAUCGCUCAGAUGUGUUAGACCCUGCACUUCGACGACCAGGAAGAUUUGAUCGUGUCGUUACGGUGGAAACACCUGAUAGGAAUGGAAGGGAAGCCAUUUUAAAAGUACAUGUUUCCAAGAAAGAACUGCCUUUAGGAGAAGAUGUUGACCUCGGUGACAUUGCCUCUAUGACUACCGGUUUUACUGGGGCAGAUCUUGCAAAUCUGGUAAACGAAGCUGCCUUGUUGGCUGGAAGAAAAAGCAAAAUAGUAGUGGAGAGAUUUGACUUCAUUCAGGCAGUGGAGCGGUCAAUAGCUGGCAUUGAGAAGAAGACUACCAAGUUGCAAGGAAGUGAGAAGGCUGUGGUUGCGCGCCAUGAAGCUGGUCAUGCAGUAGUAGGUACUGCCGUUGCUAACAUUCUUACUGGACAGCCACGUGUAGAGAAGUUGAGCAUACUACCAAGGUCAGGAGGGGCUUUGGGCUUUACUUAUACACCCCCAACAAACGAGGAUAGAUAUUUGCUCUUCAUUGAUGAGUUGCGUGGCCGCUUGGUUACUCUUCUUGGAGGACGGGCAGCUGAAGAAGUUGUUUAUUCAGGUCGUGUCUCGACAGGUGCUCUGGAUGAUAUUCGGCGGGCUACUGAUAUGGCAUACAAGGCAGUAGCUGAAUAUGGCCUUAAUCAGACAAUAGGUCCUGUGUCUCUAGCAACACUUUCUGGAGGAGGGAUGGAUGAGUCUGGAGCUGCUCCAUGGGGAAGGGAUCAGGGGCAUCUUGUUGAUCUUGUUCAAGGAGAGGUGAAAGCACUGCUGCGAUCUGCCCUUGAUGUAGCACUUUCCGUUGUGCGUGCUAAUCCAACUGUCUUGGAGGGGCUUGGUGCUCAUCUGGAAGUUUGCUCUUCUUUAUCAACUGGUUCAGAGAAAGAGAAAGUGGAAGGUGAAGAGCUGCAACAGUGGUUGAAGUUGGUAGUGGCUCCAAAAGAUCUUGUGCUCUUUGUUGAAGGCAAGCAAAUUCUUGCAUCUGAGAGUUGGGCGGAACGUCAUUGUUUCGGGCCACGAGAUGCAAGGAUGGAACUCGUAUUGAAGUGA